AUGGAUCACAAAUUGUUGUACAAGAUUUAUCAUCAUAUUCAAAUUACAGCCAUUCUCUUCACUAUCUUGGUGGAUGGAAUUGUAUGCUUUUACACAAAUUCAAGCGAUUGCAUGCCUCAGAGCUGUGGGAACGGAUUGAACAUAGUGUAUCCCUUUUGGAUUCCAGGCAGGCAAGAGUCAUAUUGUGGCUCACCAACGUUCAAUAUCACCUGCAGGGACAAGAACCCCAUCUUAAAGAUCUCUGAUGAUGAUUAUAUCAUCAGGGAUAUAUUUUACAUGAAUAAUUCCCUUUUGCUAUCUCAAGCUGAGUUGUAUGAUGUUGGUAAUAGAUGUCCAACCCCUCAACAUAAUUUUAGCACCGGAGGAACUCCAUUCAGCUACGGCCCUGAAAUCGUGGACCUUUUCUUCUUCUACAAUUGCACUGAGCCGUAUCAAGAAGAGACAUAUGCUGUGGAUUGUGCCAGUAAUGUUAGCCAUCAUGCUUUUGCUGUUUUUCAUACCGAACUCCUGGACGGCAGGAACCAUUCGGAACAGUCAUGUCAACCUCCAAUUAGUGCACCAGUAACUAUUGAUUCCCUGAAAAGAUUGUUAAGCAUGAAUUAUACCGAUGUAUUGAAGAAAGGAUUCGUUCUGCAGUGGGAUGGAGACAGUUGCAGCAACUGCAGGAGUGGUGGAGGGGAGUGCGGUUCUUAUGACAAUGAAUUUGUGUGCUACUGUGAUGACCAUAAACACCUAAAAACCUGUGAUGAAGGGGUGAGCAAAUUCGGUACAUACUGA